AUGGACAGCUUAAAUAGAAGGUUUUUCGACAUACUUAAUUUGAUGUCAGUGUCUGCAAUUGUUUCUACAGUUGUUCAUCCAAAAUUUAAGUUGCGAUGGUUUAAUGUAUUGAAAACAGCAAAAUAUUCUCUGGACGCUAUAAAGAAGUUGGUAAUCAGAGCCGCGGAACAACUUAUGUACUCCUAUAUUGACAAAGGCGAUGAUGGUAACGAACAUGGAGGUUCUAGCGAUACAACGCCUGAUGCCUUCUUUGAUUUUAAUGAACCUGAACCCGAAACAUAUAAGCCCGUUUUGUUUAUGAAUACCUCUCAACCUGCUACUGGAAAGGAAGCAGUGACGCAAUUGAACAACCAUCUACAUCAGCUAAUAGCUCAACAAUUGAUGAUACAAUUAAUUGAACAUGAUUCCUUUGUAAAAGAUGUGAAUCUUCCUGAGACAGAAGAAGUAGAAAAAGAAAUUGACACUGAAGCUGAACAGCCAUUGGAGGCAGGACCUUCUGAAGAUGUAGCAGAAUCAUCGACUGUUCAUACUUCAGAUAAUGUAGCUUCAGCAAACUUAAAUGUAUGUUUUUUUUGCAACAAAAAAAAGGAACAAGCAUUUGCUACUCUUGAUGAAGAAAAAUUGACAGACCAGUUACAAGAACAAAAAUAUUUUGAAUUUUGCUCAAUACCACCGUGUAAAAGUGAGCUUUACCAGCAAUUUCUAAGAACACAUUAUAUUUCAACAGUUUGGAAAAAUGCUAACAAAAAGCAACCUACCACAUUGGACUCAUUAGAGUAUGGUUGGAUUGAGCAAGACGACAAAUUGGUAUUUAAAUGGUUUGAAGGAGAUCAACUCCCAACUUCCGUGAGUGACUUGAUUACCCAAGUCCCUGAUUCUGAUUCAAUGAAUGAUGAAGACGAGUCACACCACAACAGACAUGAUUCCGAUGAUGAUGAUGAAUGA